AUGCCAUUUAGUGUUAUGCAUACUCCUGUUGACCAGCGAGUCACUCGUAGCCGUGGCGCUGUGCAAAGCGCUGCUCGCGCUGCUGCCACCAGAAAUUUUGAGGCUCACACCGACCUCACGCGCGACUUCCAGCACGAAGAAGAUCAUGCCGAACCCGACGCUCUCGAUUGCUUGGUCAACGAGCAUGAGGAAGAGGAAAGGCCGAAAAUGGCCGCCACCGGGUCGCACCCGGCCACGCCUUCGACAGGAGCCGCUCCCGUCGAGGCUACCGCGAGCGCUUCUCGCCAUGCCGCAAGCGCCGCCGCCACAUCAGCCGCCGCCGCGGGCCCUGGAUCCCCCCGCAACAAUGACGCCGCCGUGGCCCAGGUCCACAGGACCCUGCAAGCCCUAGUGCACUCUCUAGGCUCUCAACAUCAGCUCCAAUCGCAGAUUGCCGAGCUUGAACGCGAGAUAAACGCUGCCCUUCGGCUCAUCCCGGACAGGGGCCGCUCACAUGGUUCGUUACGCGCGCACGAGACCCAGUCGCCUUCUCGUGACCUUGCGACCGAUUUUUCUUUGCUCGCUCCCUCGCCCGCGGCGCACCCGUCUGCCCGUGAUGGCGAAGUGGCGUUUGGCCUGGCCUCCAAUCGCCCUCUACCCCGGCUCCCGAGAGAGCCCGUGCACGAAUCGCUCUCUCACGACUCUCGUUAUCGUCAUGGCUAUUUGAGCUCUCCCGCACAUGACGAUAGAGCCACCACGCCCAGGCGCUCUCCCAUGGAAGCAGUGGAUGCAUCCCAAUUUGGUGUUGCCUUUGGCACCAAUGCGCCACCACGGGCCGGCUCUCGGACUCAACCACCCCACCACGUUUGGCACCGAGCCUACCAAACCUCAACCAAGUGGGAGUCCUAUCGCGGUGACAGCAAGAAAGGUCUCGACUCCCUCAAAGAAAAUGUCAACUCGGCCCUCGUUCUUCUCCAAGCCGAGCCCUUGCUGCAUAUGGCCACCCUCGAUCUAGAGGGCUGCACCGCCGCUGGUAUCCAGGAUAUUUAUGGCGACAUUUCUUCCGACCUGGACUACCUCAUCUACGUCAACGACAUCCUGGUUGACUGGAUCUUACCGUGCUUGAGAGGUGACCUUGCCUCUCGUUUUCAGCGCGAAAAAUCACGCCAACGCAUCGUCUUGGGCGCCUGGUUCAAACAGAUGGGCGCCCUCUUCCUCCAGACCACUCGUCACGACAUUACCCAAGCCUCUCAGGCUCUUCGCGACCAACGCAUCCGCACGGCCGACGACUUUCCUGUCUACCGCUCCUCCAUCACUGCUGCCGUUGACACCCUUCGCAUUGAGGGCGCCUACUCGGCAACCCUCGUCAUCGCCCAACUGGUUGAUGGCCUGCCUUCGAAACUCAGGGACGUGAUUGCAAACCUGUAUCAACCGUCUUGGGAUUUGGGCAAGUUCUUUGAGGUGGUGACUGCUAACCUGCACAAACUCACGCCUGCUGGUGCCCGCGCCGAACCUAAACAGGGUGCCUUUGCUGUUGAGCAUGAUCCAUCGGAUACACAGCAAACCCAUUCCGAUCCCUCUCCGCCCUCGGCUUCACCCCCUGCCACUGCCAUUUUGCCCGCUGCCAUUUCACAUCCUGUCGAACACAGUGAGCAUGCAAACUCAGCCCCACUUGGCGAAGUCAGUGAGAGUGAAACACACGAUGCAGCGGGCGAACACAGUGAGAGUGAGCAAGAUGUUCUUCUCAGCGAUCCUGCUCCGCCCAUCGCUGCCAACGUGCUGGAUGCCCAGCGCAAGGUCCUGCUGAAGACAUCUGGCCACAGGCAACUCCUCGCCUGCCCAUUUGGGCUUUGCAAAUGCAAGGGGCCCCGCCUUGACCGCAAAGCCUGGGUCAAUCAUGUACUACGCAAGCACCCCUACGACGAGCAAGCCACUGAUCUGGUCAAGCAGGUGAUGGAGGCCAAAUUGGUCGCCCAGUGCAACAAGUGUCACCUCUUCUUCGAAGCUACUGGUAUCAGUCAACACCGCUCCCGAUGUGGUGCCAAUCUGAAGCGAGCGACCGAGGCGUUGUUUCAUGCGGCUGGACACGACCUGCUUGAGAUUAUGCGUGGCGCUUGGCCCCAACACGCAGCCGCUACCAACGCCACCGAGACCAAGCUGAUGGCUGCCACCCUGAGCCAGCUGUAUUGGUCUGCCGUCCACUCGGACUAUACCGCUGAAGAGCGAGAGAUGUGCUGGGCUUUGAUUUUGGCCUUGCCUAGCAUGUUGUUGUCUGCUCCCUCGACCGCACUGUCUACGAUUGACCUGCGCAAUAUGUUUCACGAUCGUCUCCGUUGGCUUGUGACGGGGCAACUAGGUCGGGUCGUGGACGCCAUGCGCAAGGCAGUCGCACGCAAGCAGAGCCGUCGAGGACAGCUGAACGCCGGCGCGGGCGCCCACCCGAACGACGCAGUCGACCAGAGCCUCAGGUCACUCGUCCGCGACCCGGACCUGGCGGACGAAGCCUGGGCAAACCACGUCACGAACCGUCUGAACCGAGGUCAGAUUGCCAAAGCAUUUGAUGCCGACAAGGCUCGUGCCGUGAUUGGUAAUUCUGAGCAAGUGGGCAAUAUGGGGCUGCUGUUGCUCGAGCAGAGCGCGGUUGACAACCUUGUUGAAGAUGGAAUCCGUGCCCACGGGUCGAAACUUGCCGUUGGCUUUCUCCAGGAUAGUGUAGUUGAUGGAGCAAAGGGCAUGUCGAAUCGACUCGGGUACGGUGUUGUUGGCAAUGUGGUGAAAGAUCUUGUUCAAGGCAACCUGAGGACCUCCAGUCGCGGUGGUGGGGCCCUGAGGCGCGCCUCCAUCAGAAGGAGCAGUCGGGUCGCUGGAAGAACCCUGGCGUGGGCCCAAGACUUGACUGAAGUGCUCCUUGAUGCGGUAGAUGGAGGCAAGAAGCUCACCAGACCAACCAUAGGGGUCGGUGACACCCUUGGUGGCCGCCAACGCCUUGGGGAGCUCACCUUUGGUGAAGGACACGGUUGGGGAGCUCGCAGCCGUGGCUGGUGCCAGUGUAGACGUGGAGGCGGGUGUCGAAGCAAUGUACGGGGUCAGCCCGGGCGGUACCAAGAGGUCGCGCACGGCCUGAACCUCAGAAUUACCAAUCACGGCACGAGCCUUGUCGGCAUCAAAUGCUUUGGCAAUCUGACCUCGGUUCAGACGGUUCGUGACGUGGUUUGCCCAGGCUUCGUCCGCCAGGUCAUCAAAUACCUCGACGACAUUGUACUGAUGGGUCCCGCGGAGGACGUGGCGGCCGACGUCGAGAUUAUCAAGGCUCGUGCAGAGUCUGCUGGCCUUCAUUUGCAGCCCAGUAAGAGCCGCUUCUACAUGCCUCGCCACCAUCCCGCUUCCAUCGCUGCUAUCAAGUCUGUCUUGCCAGAUGCCGUGCGCGAGACGGCCAACACGGGCAUGACGGUCUUGGGAACGCCGAUUGGCCGUCGCGAGUGGAUGAAGAAGCAGCUGAACGACAAGGCAAAGCACAUUGCUGGCAAGCUCAAUGACAUGCUGACGACCGGUGUCUCGCUUCAGGCCCUCCUCACGGCCAUGCAGUACGUGCCUAGCCUCAUCAACCACCUCUACACGCUGCCCCCAAGUCUCACGUCGGGCUUGUCCGAGCUCUUGAACCGUGCUUGCAAGGACACCUUUGUCAAAGCCUUUUUUGCCAAGGUAAACCUGUCUGCACCAGCUGGAGCUGAAGGUCAUGACGUUACGCUGGAACAGCUCCUUGAGGCUCGCCUCUUCACGCGGGCCAACACCGGGGGCUUUGGCCUGCACGACCUGGUUGAGCGCGGUCCGGUGGCUUAUGUCUGCAACAUGGCCAAGCUGGCCACUCGCUACCCUCGGGUCUACGACCGACUUUUGGAGGAUGCAUCGAGGGCUGACGACUUUGAGGUCCACGUGCAGCGAGCUGGCUUCCAGAUGGCCACGGUCAAGGACGCGGCGACCCAGCGACCAGCUGAGAUCAUUGCCCUCCGCUCCAAGGCGGCACUUGACGACCUGAUGGCCAAGUGCGCGCUGGACCUGCAGCAGGCAUAUCUGGCCUCACGCGAGUGGGGCGUCAGCACAGUCUUGACCAUGCGGGGUCGGGACAAGUUGCGUCGAUUGAGCGACACGACCUUUGCCAUUGCGGUCGUGUCCAUGAUGGGUUUUGGCCUCCAUGAACUCAUCAACGUCAAGCCGACGGACAAGUGCCCGCUCUGCAGCAGCAAGACACCUCAGCCGCGGCUGACCCGCGAGCACCUGCUGACCUGCCGUCCCAUCAAGCGUCACAACGCCCUUCGCGACGAGAUGGGCCGCCUGCUCAGGUACGCCACCCUCUCCCAUGUCUGGGUGGAAAAGUCUGGCUACAACGCCAAUAAUAAAUUAGGUGUUUGA